CCGGACUUUUCCAUAUGGAACAGCAAUUCGUCAAGUUAUAAAGCAAUUUUUGUGAAUUGUCCCUGAUUAGAGAAGUCGCGAUGUCCAAUAUCAAGUUAAAUUUGUGUGUGGCAGCCUGUGAGAAUCUCGGCAUCGGUCUGAACGGCAAUCUUCCGUGGCAUUUGAAGCAAGAAUUGAAGCAUUUUAACCGUGUUACCACCAAGGUCUCUGAUCCAGAUAAGAAGAAUGCCGCUAUUAUGGGCAGGAAGACUUACUUUGGCAUACCGGAGAAGAAGAGACCCCUUCCAGGACGUCUGAAUAUAGUCCUGUCGCGUCAGGAAGGCCUCCAGCUGCCGUCCGACGUAAUAAUUUGCAGCAGUUUGCCGGAGGCCCUGAAACUCCUAGGCAAGGAACAAUAUCGCCAGGAAAUUGAGAAUGUCUGGAUUGUUGGAGGUUACUCAGUCUACAAGGAGGCCAUGGAGUCUGAAAACUGCCACAGGAUUUAUUUUACAGACGUGAAGAAGAAGUUUGAGUGCGACGCUUUCUUCCCAGUCAUUCCGGAAGGCUUUAAAAUCGUGCCAAAUGACGAGGAUAUUCCAUCGGAAGUGCAGGAGGAGAAUGGCAUCCAAUAUCAAUAUCUAUUGUACGAAAAAACCCAGAAGUAAUCUGAAGUUAAAGGCUUGCUUUCAUUAAAA